GCAACGGAGCGACCUCGUUGUAGCUUCGACGUUUACUUCAUCCCAUUCUACAGUGUUCCGAAAUGACGGAUGUGCAGUGUCUAAAGAGGCCAGAAUGUAAAAAGUGUGUGCAACAUGUAUUAACAUCAUUGCACCGCGAUAUUCUAUGAAUGAAAUUGCAUUCUUUCUGUGGAAGCUACGUGCAUCGUUCUGUUCGUGAUAAACUGCAGCUGACAUUCUUUGCUCGUUUUCAUGUCACAUCUUCGCUGGUUAUAAGAGUCCACUCUUUAACUUGAAUUAUAUUACAGCUGAUCAAAAUGACAAGAAUUCGGAAAAUUUGCUGCAUUGGAGCCGGUUACGUAGGUGGACCCACAUGUAGUGUUAUUGCGUUGAAAUGCCCGGAAAUUCAAGUAACCGUCGUCGAUAAAAGCAAGGAGAGAAUAGCGCAAUGGAAUUCGCAAAAGUUGCCGAUAUAUGAGCCAGGCUUGGAUGAAGUGGUGCAAAAAUGUCGUGGAACAAAUUUAUUUUUUUCCACCGAUAUCGACACAGCUAUUAAGGAAGCCGAUUUGAUAUUCAUCUCAGUAAACACACCAACAAAGACCUUUGGCAAUGGCAAAGGAAGAGCGGCGGACUUGAAGUACGUGGAGAGUGCUGCAAGAAUGAUCGCGGAAAUCGCCACGGGAAAUAAAAUUGUUGUUGAAAAGAGUACUGUGCCGGUACGAGCAGCCGAGAGCAUCAUGAAUAUCCUGCGCGCCAAUCAUAAACCAGGCGUUUCUUAUCAGAUCCUUUCGAAUCCGGAAUUUUUAGCUGAAGGAACUGCUAUAGAAGAUUUGGUAAACGCAGAUCGAGUACUGAUUGGUGGAGAAGACUCGCCGGAAGGACAAGAAGCCAUUGAAGAACUUUGCAAAGUUUACGAACAUUGGAUUCCAAGAGAAAAUAUUUUAACAACUAACACAUGGAGUUCCGAACUAUCGAAGUUGGCUGCAAAUGCUUUCCUGGCACAACGAAUAUCCAGCAUAAAUUCCUUGUCGGCUGUAUGCGAAGCCACGGGUGCCGAUGUAUCUGAGGUCGCUCGAGCAGUCGGACUUGAUUCACGGAUCGGUUCCAAGUUCCUUCAUGCAUCGGUCGGUUUCGGUGGUUCCUGCUUUCAAAAAGAUAUUCUAAACCUGGUGUACAUUUGCGAAUGUUUGAAUUUACCUGAGGUAGCAGCAUAUUGGCAACAGGUGAUUGAUAUGAACGAAUAUCAGAAGUCAAGGUUUUCUGCAAAGGUCAUAGAAUCCCUUUUCAACACCGUGACGGAUAAAAGAAUUGCCAUGCUAGGCUUUGCCUUCAAGAAAAAUACAGGAGACACGCGUGAAUCACCAGCGAUUCAUGUCGCUAAGACGUUGCUGGACGAAGGCGCUGUACUGCAUAUUUACGAUCCCAAGGUCGAGGAAACUCAAAUCAUUCAAGACUUGACUCAUCCGAGUGUUACGAGCAAUCCCGAAGACGUAAAAAAUCGUAUCAGUAUUUAUAAAGAUGCUUAUAGUGCUACAAAAAAUACACAUGCGAUAGUUUUAUGCACUGAAUGGGAUGAAUUUAUCGAGCUGAAUUACAUACAGAUUUACGCAGGCAUGAUGAAACCAGCAUAUAUUUUUGACGGAAGAAAGAUUUUAGAUCAUAAUAGAUUGCAAAGGAUUGGUUUUGUUGUUCAGACUAUUGGUAAAAAACUCACAAGAUCCGCGAUUUCGAGAGCGUGGGGUAGCCAGACGCAAGUUUAAAAGGAAAAAAAAUAGACCAAUUUAUAUAAGCAAUACUUCCAAUUUGAUACAUAAUAUUUACAAUUACAAGGAUCUUGUUGAGCUAAUUUAGAUAUAGGAGAUAUACGAAUGCAUUUAUAUAUGUAUAUAGAACGUAAGACAUUGACAUAAGAAUCUAAAUAUUUUAAUGAAUAUGUUCAUAUUUUGAUGAACGUAUAAAUAAUUGACUGAACAGCAUAUUAACAUGCGAUUACAUACAACAUUUAUGUUAAUAUGUAAAUUUGUAUUAAUUUCUUGUAAUUGACAUAGGUUAGAAAAAAGAAGUUACAGAAUGAAUUAAAUUUU